AUGUCUGCCAUCCCCAACGUGCCCGAGGCUAUCUCUCACAGCCAACACAACAACGCAGACGCUGCUCUUACCCACCUCCUCAAAGCAAAGCAAGGAGCCGCCCAACAUAUCGAACACGCGGCCAACGGACCACAAGUCAAUGGAGAACACGGCGUCAAGGCCAAAGCUCCCUGGGUACUGCACGACGUGCCCAUCGAGAACCAACGACCUAUCAAGGUGAUUGUGAUUGGAGCUGGUUAUUCGGGGAUUUAUCUGGGCAUUCGUAUACCUGAACGGAUACGCAAUUGUGAGCUGGUGAUUUAUGAGAAGAAUGAUGGCAUUGGUGGCACAUGGUACGAGAACCGCUACCCAGGAGCAGCAUGUGACAUCCCCUCCCAUUCCUACCAAUUUAGCUUCAACCCCAAACCGGACUGGUCAUCCCUAUACGCCCCCUCGUGGGAGAUCCGCGACUACCUCCAAGAAUCAGCACGCAAAUACGGCGCGGACAGGUUCAUGAAACUCAACCACGAAGUCAAAGGCUGCACCUGGGACCAGAACCACGGCAAAUGGCACGUACAAGUCCAGAGACCCGACGGAUCGAUCUUCCAGGACGACUCCGAUGUUCUAGUGAGUGCAAGAGGCAACCUCAACAACAAGGCAUGGCCCGACAUCCCGGGCCUCUCAGACUUCAAAGGGGAAGUGAUGCACUCGGCCGCGUGGAACGAGUCCUACGACUUCACGAACAAACGCAUCGGCAUCAUCGGCAGCGGCAGCAGCGCCAUCCAGAUCAUCCCUAAGCUCCAGAAAAUCCCCGGCGCGCAUUUGUCCUGCUUCAUCCGCAGCAAGACCUGGAUCUCGCCCCCUCUAGGCCAGUCGUCGAUGGACGCCCUCGGCAUGGGCACGCAACUCCAAUUCCAACCCGAGCAAAUCGAGACGUUCAAAAAAGACCCCGAGGCAUGGUAUCGCUUCCGGAUGAAAGUCGAAUCCGACGCGAACAACAUCCACGCCAUGACGCUCAAAGGCACGGAGAUGCAGAGAGCCGCGGAGAAGGCGUUUGACGAGGGGAUGAGGACUCGUCUGGCGAGGAAGCCGGAGUACUACGAGUGGUUGAAACCGUCCUUCGCGCCGGGGUGUCGUCGCCUGACGCCUGGGCCGGGGUUCCUGGAGGCGCUGGUAGAGGAGAAUGUCGAGUUCGUGCGGGAGAAGAUCACGUGGAUCACGUCCGACGGUAUCGUCACGGCGGAUGGUAGAACCCACCUCGUCGACGUCCUCGUCUGCGCGACGGGCUUCCACGCCAGCGCCGCGCCGCCCUUCCCCAUCACCGGCCUCGCGGGCGAGACUCUCUCCACACACUGGGCCACCCGCCCCACGACCUACCUCUCCCUCACCACCGACGCCUUCCCGAACCACUUCCUCAUGCUGGGCCCCAACGCCGCCAUCGGCGAAGGCUCCCUGACCAUGAUGAUCGAAUCGACGGGGACCUACAUCCUCUCCUGCAUCCGCAAACUCCAGCGCGAAAACAUCAAAUCCAUGCGCGUGAAGCCGGCGCGCGUGAGGGAUUUUAUGGCGUAUGUGGAUGCGUACUUUGAGGGGACGGUGUAUGUGGAUGAGUGUCGGAGUUGGUAUCGCCAGGGGGGUGAUGGGAAAGGGGAGAAGGUGACGGGGUUGUGGCCCGGGAGUACGUUGCAUUGCGUGGAGGCGUUGAGGGGGGUGAGGUGGGAGGAUUUUUUGUAUGAGUAUGUUGAUGCUGGUGAGGAGGGAGAUGGGAGGGAGAGGAAUGUGUUGGGGUGGUUGGGGAACGGCUGGUCAACCAACCAGUUAAAAGACAGCCCAACCGAGGAGGAACUGGCGUGGUACUUGACGCCGCAAUUCCAAGCCCGCGAGAUCCCCCUCGAGGGACGACCGGAGCAAAAGGAGGAGUAUCGACUGCGGCCUUGGUCGUACUGA